AUGAAUAACACGUGCAUAUAUGACAGAGAUACGUAUACUCAGUUAAUGUGACAGUUUUAUCUGGAUUCAUCAUGAUUCGCAUGACUAUAUUUGGAGUUCUUCUGGCCAUGCUUAUAUAUAGCUACAUGGACGGCAAGGUUCCUGAACCAAUACCCGAACAGUUCAAGGUCAAGGUCAUGGAUUUCUGUAUAAAGAUGUAUGGCCAUACGUUGAACAUUUUGGUCAGUCUCGGUUUGACAACGCCAUUCUCUGACUUUGAUAGAAAACUCUGUGAUCGGUUCAUUCUCCUAAUGACCACAGGAUUUCCCUGGGUGCGAGGCUACGAUUCUAGACUACAGAUUACAGAUACCACCAUGAAAAGUAUUCAUGUACGCAUGUACCAACCCGUGACGUCACUACAGCAUAAACGGAGGCCAGUUCUCGUCUAUCUCCAUGGCGGUGGGUGGAGCUUGCUCUCUGUUGAUUCAUACGACCCGCUGAUGAGAAGAAUAGCGAAGGAUAGUGGUGUUGUCAUCAUCUCUGUCAAUUACAGAUUAAGUCCACAGUACCCAUUUCCGGUUCCCUUAAAUGACUGUUUGGAUGUUGUGGAAUACGUCAUCGAAAAUAGUGUUACUUUGAAUAUUAAUCCGCGGAAGAUUGCCAUCGGUGGAGAUAAUGCAGGUGGAAACAUGGCCGCAGCGAUAUCACUCCGCUUAAAGAAAAAACUUGCCCUGCAGUUGCUUAUUGUUCCAGUGUUACAAAUGGCUAACUGGAACACUACAUCAUUUAUUGAAAAUUCCAUUUACCUCUCUCAAAGCGCCAACAGUAGAAGGCGUAUAUUUCUUUUGUUAAAUUAUUUAAAUAUUGAUUUUAAAUAUGGAGAACACUUUUUAAACAACAAUCACACGUCUAAGGAAUUUAAGCGAUCACAUUUUACAGAAAUUCUUGAUCAAAACCUGUGGCUCCCGAAGCGGUAUGUGAGAGACGAGCAUCUCAGAGAGAACAUAGAUUUGCAAACGGAAUUUGGAAAUGAAGAACUAUUUUCUCUGAUGGAGAGUCAUAUCACCGAUCCAAUGAUGUCACCGUUACUGGCAGAUGACGACAUGUUAGAGGACUUGCCAAUGACAUACAUAGUUACUUCCGGUUACGACAUAGUAAGGGAUGAUGGGAUUAUGUUCUCUGAAAGAUUGAAACAGGUUGGACAGAAAGUGAUUCUAAAACAUUACGAGGAAGCGUUUCACACAUCUCUGUUUUUCCCUCACGGACCCCUUAAGUUGGAGGUUGGAGUCAGGAUCGUACAGGAUAUUGUCAGAACUCUACGAAGUGCUUUACAUUGAAGCUGUACACUAACGAGAUGCUGCAAUGUUUGAGAGGUUCUCUGUUUUUCGCUGAUGGAAAAAUCUGAUCAGGAAAAAUAUACACACGAGCAAAUAGCAUUUUACCUUACAAAACUAGAAUCAGAUAUAGUAGAGUUAAAUAAUGAAUUAAACUGAACAACGCGACUGUUUCGUCCUACUAGGAUUUGCAGUGUUGGCCUAAAUUCGAAACCUAGAAGUCGACUUUCAGCUAUGAGAUACAAAAUGCGAAAACUUGAAUAAUAAAUAAAUGGCAGUGUUUUAGGCUGUUAUAGACACAUCUAUGGUGUUAUACAGAUGUAUAUACAUAAGUUGUAUAUCUCUUCAUCUUUGAUUUAGAAUUUCCGUCAGUCAGUUUGGCUUUUCCGAAAUCAACUCUUAGAUUUUCACACUUUCUCUAGCAUUAAACUGACAAGUCCAAGAAGGAUGAAGAAGAUGUAGGCCGCUGUUUGUUUUAGUGUUAUGAUAUAGUGUAUGUUACUAUAAAGUUGUAUUAGAAUUACACAAAGCUUUCAAACACUCGAAGUAGUAUAUAUAUAUAUAUAAGAAUAACUUAAAACAACAUGUAGAAUUAAGCAUUAGCGCUUUCAUUCCUGAAUCUUCAUGAUGUUUAAUAAAUUUCCUAGAUGCUAAUGCUUAAUUCGACGUGUUGUUAAGAGCAAUAAAUUGACUGAGAACAUUGUUUAGCAAUAAAUUAGCCAUUUACAUAAAACAUUCUAUUAUGUGUGUUUAGUACACUAUUUGAAAGGGAUUAUUAUCACCAGUUUGUUUUGUAUCAGGCUUCCACAGCAUAAUAAAUGUUUCGCGUGACUGACUUAACCGGCAUUAAAAUUUACUCCAGAAAGAUUAUAUCGUAAUAAUGAUUAUUAUUAAAUUGAUAUAUUUGUUAUCUUUAAGUAAAUAACUAUGUAGA